AUGUGGUUCCCGACAGCGGCCUGCUCCUCGGAAUUCUUUCGCUCUGAUUUCGACAUAAGCCAUAACACCACCAUGCAGAACCAAUUAAAGCCGGCUCCUCAGAGGGGGCCGAGCCUCGGGCAGCGCAGGGUGGCUGGAGGGGGGACGCCCCGGGACAGCCUCCUCUGCGGGGGGCCACCCCCCACCGCUGUCCGGCCCGUGUCCUCCCAGAGGAAAACCACACGGCGUUUAUCGUGCCUUGUUGGGAAAGUGUACCGAGAAGGCGCCUGCUUCAUAUCCCGCUCCACCCCGCCGACCACCACCCGCCCACGUGACCAGGCACGAAGCAAGGGGGCCUGUCAUGCCUCACCGUGCCAGCACUGCAGAGCGGCUGUCACAGCCCGCUAUGCCCACAGCCCCCGCGGCGGCCCGUGCCUGCGCCGGGAGAGACCAAGACGCGCGGGGAAGGCGGCUCCGGGCCUGGGGCCCUGCGGAGGGCUGGUGCCGGCCGUGCAGAAACGCCACCUGCUGGUGGGCGUUGGCGUGGGCAGCCAGCAGCCUCAUUUCCCGCCGCCCGGCGGCAGGCGUGUUAAGGCCCCUCUGGCUGGCUGGAUGGGGGGUGGACUGGGCGGGCAGGUCAGCGUGUUUUCUCCUGUACAUUUCCCUCUUUCAAAAACAUUUCCCACACCCUUUGCAGUCAUCCUCCGUCCCCUGACCUAG